AUGGCUCGCUCGUAUCGAUUGCCUAAAACGAAAUAUUCUGAAAUUCCCGAUUGCACAAUCGAUCGCGAGGUUACUCGUAAUCGCGCUAAAAUUCUGGUUUCGGGAUGCCAGGGCGUUGGAAAGAGCGCUUUCAUUCACAGACUACACGACAAUGUCUUUGUUGAGGAACAGAGCGCAGAUAAAUUGCUUAAGAUCGUCACAAGGGCUGUAAAUGGGGAGAUUAUUCGCGCCGAGCUGGAAGAAGUCGAUUUGGAAGAGUUCACCAACAUCCCAGAUGAAUCAGCAGCCGACAUUCAUCACAAAAGAGACUGGAUUGAUGUCAACUGGGUUUUUCUUCUUUACAGCACGGCAGAUCGCUCUUCAUUCAAUGAGAUCAAAAAGCAGUUGCCGGUGAUUCAAAGAAGAGUGGCGCCAAAUUGCUUCAUCAGUCUUGUUGGAACCAAAGCGGAUAUUAAAAACAGGGAAAUAAGCUGGGAGGAGGGAGAGGAAUACUCAAAAGAGGUAGCCCUCUCACUAUUCGAAAUAAGCACAAAGACAGGAAUCAAUUGUGAGCUUGUGCUCGCUGAAACGCUCGACGCAUUGGAGGAGCGCCGCUACGACGAAAUCGCAAGCAGGGAAGACGUUCAACAGGAACAACCAAUGUACCAAGAUACCGUUGAGCCAGGCGAGGAAGCUCACGAAAAUGGAAUACAUCUUAAUCUGUUUUGCUGGGUUCCGAAGAUCCCGUUUACCUCCAUCUUUUCGAGAUAA